CGAAAGCUGGCAGCCGGCAACGCAAAAGACCCAGACCGAGACCCAGCCAACCCAGGAGGAUCCAAAACGAAGAUGGCGUCUGUAUCCCUGUGCCGUCAUAUUUUCCGGCUCUCUCCCCGUCUUACCAGCCACCCAGCCCCGCUACUCGCCAGGCAGCCUUACUUGGUGAGCGCCUGCAGCCUCUCCACCUCUGCCCACCGCGAUGCCAAGAUUUAUGAGUCAUCACUGGAGGCUGUCAAGGAUAUUGCUCCUGGCUCCAAACUACUGGUGGGAGGUUUCGGCCUCUGUGGCAUUCCGGAGAACCUGAUCGCUGGGCUGCUGCAGACGAAAGCUGAUGGCCUCACGGUGGUCAGCAACAAUGCAGGGGUUGACAAUUUUGGUCUGGGCCUCCUGUUGAACCAGCGGCAAAUCAAACGCAUGAUCUCCUCCUACGUUGGGGAGAAUGCGGAGUUUGAGAGGCAGUACCUGAGUGGGGAGCUGGAGGUGGAGCUUACGCCGCAGGGCACACUGGCAGAGAGGUGCAGGGCGGGAGGAGCUGGCAUCCCUGCCUUCUUCACCCCCACAGGUUACGGCACUCUGGUUCACGAGGGCGGCUCUCCUAUCAAGUAUGGAGCCAAGGGCGUGGUGGAGCUGCAGAGUGCCCCAAGGGAAUGCCGAGACUUUGGAGGACGCAGUUACAUCAUGGAGGAGGCUAUCACAGGGGACUUUGCCCUCAUCAAGGCAUGGAAGGCUGACAAGGCAGGAAACUUGAUCUUCAGGAAAACAGCUCGUAACUUCAACCAGGCGAUGGUGAAGGCAGCUCGCAUUACAGUGGUGGAGGUGGAGGAACUGGUGGAGGUCGGGGAGAUAGGAGAGGACCAAGUGCACAUCCCGGCCAUCUACGUGGACCGACUCGUGGUUGGAGAGAAGUACGAGAAGAGAAUAGAAAGACUCACACUGAAGAAGGGGAAGAGCAGUGCCAGUGCCGCCACUCAGAACCCUGCUAUUGCCAUGAGGGAGAGGAUCGUGCGCCGCGCUGCUCUUGAGUUCCAGCACGGCAUGUACGCAAACCUUGGAAUUGGAAUGCCCAUGCUUGCCAGUAACUACAUUCCUGAUGGAAUGGAUGUGCAGCUUCAAAGUGAGAAUGGUGUGCUUGGUCUGGGUCCCUUCCCAGCACCAGGGGAGCAGGACCCUGACCUGAUCAACGCUGGCAAACAGACAGUCACCACCGUCCCUGGCGCCUCGUAUUUCUCCUCGGAUGACAGCUUUGCCAUGAUCCGCGGAGGCCACGUUGACCUGACCAUCCUAGGAGCCAUGGAGGUGUCCCAGUACGGUGACCUUGCCAACUGGAUGAUCCCGGGCAAGAUGGUGAAGGGGAUGGGAGGAGCUAUGGACUUGGUCUCCUCACCGAACACCAAGGUAGUGGUCACCAUGGAGCACCUGGACAAGAAGGGCGGCCACAAGAUUGUCGAGAACUGCUCCCUUCCUCUCACUGGCAAGAACUGUGUGGAUCUCAUCAUCACUGACAAGUGUGUCUUCACUGUCAACAAGGAGGAGGGACUGACGCUUACAGAGAUCGCUGAAGGGGUAAGCGUGGAGGACAUCGUCUCCAGCACUGGUUGUCUCUUCUCUGUGGCUGAUGACCUGAAGACUAUGGCCCAGAUUGAGGUGCCUGAGGAGUAGCCAGCCCUGUGUUACUUCCACGCUCCUGUGAUGGGGAAGGAGAUGGUGACAGGUGAGGGAAGACAUGCCAGUGUUCAGUGUAGUGUAGUUGGGACUGGUGGGGUAAGAGAUGUAGAGAGGUGAGAGAAGUAGUGCCAUUGUCUAGUUUAGUGUAUUUUGGGACUAACGGUUAAGAAAUGGACAGAGGUGAUGAGAGGUGCAAUGUCAGUGUUACAGUAGUCUUACAUAUGGUGUAUUCUGAAGUAUGCAUUAUAUAUUGACUGUAUUCAUAACCUACUUGAUAUUUAAGCUGGUGAUUAUAGAAGGUUUAAAAAGGAGGGCAUUACUAACAGACAAAUGAGUGAUGAUGUAGAAUAUAAUCAAUACUAAGGCUUAUACUUUUCAUUGAUACUGGAUUCCUAAUGCACAAACGUGUAUUGUUAUCACCUGCAUAUCAGUAAAUUUACUAAUACUAAUUAAUACAUCAUUGAUAGCAGAUCCAUAAUAUAGGAACAUAUAUCUACUUAUCAUUAUCUAUCUAUCUAUCUAUCUAUCAGUAUAUCGGGUCUUCAUUCCCAGUAAAGGUGAAUAGACAAGACAAGACUCCACAGUGUCUCUAUAAGGACAAAAGUACUGAGGUGGGGGUGUUCCUGGUUCCCUCACUCUGUUGCACUGCUUAAGCUGAGAGUCAGUAUAAUAAGUGCCCAGAGAGGGAGGAGGAAAGGAAGGUUUAAUUCACUGUUACUCAGUUACAGGUCUGUUGAGGAGACUUGUAGUGAAAAGAUGUUUAGAAGAAGAAUAUGAAAGGUUAGAAUGGUCUAGUCUCAAUUUCAGGAAUAUUUUAAAGAUUGUGAUACCAAAAAAUGUUGAAAAAUAGAAAGUGAAGAGAUAAAAUUGUCUUUACUCGAUUACAUAGCUAUUUAAUAAACUGCAACACCAAAAGAAAAGUGUGAAAGAAGAUAAAGGUUAUUUUUUUUGUCUUUGCUUGAUUACAGAAUGAUUCAAUGGGCUUUAGUACCGUAAAAGAUAGAAUAAGGUUGAUUUUGUCUGCUCAAGUCUCUAUAUAAGAUGCAUGAAAGGAAAAUAAAAGCUUAACUUUGCCUUUUUUCUGUUUCAGGCAUUUUACAGAUCUUAGUACCAAAAAGCUUAAAAAGAUCACAUAGAAGCUUUAUUUUAUCCUUUUUCAAUUACAAAACUAUUUAACAGAAAAAAGUCCAAAAUUAAAUAGAAAAAGAUAAUAGUAAAAUAAAAUAGCCUUGUGGUGUAAAUUUUAAAGAACUAAUAAGCUUUUGCCAAACCCUAGUGUAUAAAAAAAAAAUAAUAAUAAUAAUAAUAAUUGAAGUUGUAAGUGCUCAGCGUUACCACUUCCCUAUUGGUGGUGACUGGCCAGUACUUGAUGAUAAAUAGCGUGUUCCUCGAGGCAUUGUAGUGUUAAAGGUGACAGAUGUAUUAUAUUGUGUUGUGUUGUGUUGUGUUGUGUUUUGUUGCUUCAGGUAUAAACAUUUCUUUCUUUCCACAAUUAGCAGCAAGUAUCUCAAGAUAACGUCAUUUGUACUUACCUGUAGAGAGAUUUGUAUUUUACUACUGUGUAUAUAUAAUGACAACUUUUUUGUAAUAAACAUUGAAAAAGUA